AAUGGCUACAGUUCUCCUGCUUUCAAUCAGCGGAAUGAAGACUCUACCCCUGAUUAUAUUGGUAUUAGCCGUACUUGCGCCAUCUAUAUGGGUUUCUACAUUUCCGAUUGAUAGAGAGGAGUCCGAACCUUAUGUUCGACUAGCCCGACAAGCUGAUGAAACCCCUGGUGUUAGCACUGGUGCAGAGGCAGGUGAGGGUGGAACCGGCAACGAUGCUGGAACCAGUGAAGGUGAAGAUUACACCGACUCUAAUGGGGGAGGUAGUGACAGCACCGGUGGAGAUGGUGGCACGGUAUCAAAUGAGAGCCAGGAUACUGGGGGCGGUGUAACUAGCCCAAGCACUAGCAAUGGACAAAGUAGCGGAAAUGGAGUCGGGAGUAGCGGAGGCAACGUAGGCGGUGGUAGGGGUAACGGAGGAGGAGCCAGUGGACGUAGAGGAAAUGGCCGUAGAGGUAAUGGACGUAGGGGUAAUAGAGGUAGGAACAACCGACGUGGCAAUGGUCGCCGUGGUAAUAACCGCAGAGGUAAUAGACGUGGUGGAAACUCUCGAGGAAAUCGUCGUCGUGGAAAUCGACGACAAAACAGUGGAAGACGACCAAAUCGUGGUAAUCGACGGGGUAAUAGUGCAAAUCGUCGUGGAAAUAAUCAACGAGCUCAGCGUAAUCGAAGCGUGCAAAGGGGUGGAAACAGAAAUCGCGGUUGAUUCGACUGUUUUUUAGUUCGUUUGAAAUAAACGUAUUUAUAGUAAGUUA